GAAUGCCAGUGAUGGUGGUAGUAGUGGUGUGGUGGUGCACGAUCAUCGCGAUGAUAUUCUAAGGGCAGAAAUACUCGCACACACACACAUACAUACACAACCACAUGCACACACAUGCACGAUCGCGCUUCCACGACAAGGAGAAAACGCAGCGGAGAAUAUAUUCGAUAUUCGCGCGGCUGACCGUCGAAGGGAUUGUGGAAUGUGGAAUUGUGGAAGCAAAUCCCACCGUGUGUCUCAGUGUGUGUGUGCGUGUGCGUUUGUGCUCUUUUAGCUGUGGUGGUGUUGUGCGCGCGUAUCUAGGAAAUAGCAAUAAGUUAUGCAUAUUAUAAUCCAGCAUGAAUGGAAAAGGCGGCAAAGUUCCGUUGUCGGUGGCUCGCCACUCGGCGUACAACGCGAUAGCACUGGAGCAGAUCAAAAACGAGUUGCAGCCGUACGAGACGAGCCAGCAAGCGCUGGGUGGUGGUGGUGGUGGUGGACAGCUCGUCGCACCGCUGAAGCGCAAACCGAGCAUCGAGAAGGAUGCGCCGCAAUCGCCGCUGCACAUGCAGCGCACUAGCCCGGCGCUGGACUCCGGUGCCGGCAGCUCCCGCUCGAACAGUCCCCACUCGCAGCAACCGUUCUCGGCGGCGCACGUGGUCGGCCGCAGCUCGCAGUACUCACCGUCGCCCUGCCCGACCAACUUCAGCGAUGCGCCCCCGAUUCCGCCGCCGCGCUGCUCCUCCACCCCGUCCACUCCUCAGCCGCCGAACCCGAUGCAUCUGCUGAAGCGCAUGUCGCCCGCCUCGGUCGCGUCCGGUCGGAACGGGCAGUUUGGCGGCGCGGCCUCGCAGUCGCCGGCCCGCGGCUCCUCGCCGAUCGCGAGCAGCGGCAACCAUCCGGGGCUGCGGCAGCCGAUCAUCGUGCAGAACGGGCCGCAGGUGCAGCAGCAGCUCAGCCAGCAGAUGGCGGUGUACACGGGGAACGAGCCGCCGCCCCCGUACCCCCAGCUCGGGCCGUCCUCGCCGCCCAACUAUCUGACGUCGUUCCACAGCCGCCAGAGCCCGACGCAGUCGUCCUCGGCCCAGUCGGACUUCCGCAAGAGCCCCAGCUCGGGCUUCUACUCGAACGCGUCGAUCGGCUCGUCCAGCCCGAUCACGGUGUCGCAGGGAGCGGGCGGCGGUGGCGGCGGCGGCAGCGGGCUGCUGGGCGCCGCGAUACAGCGACCGAUCCCGCUGCAGCCGAAACCAUCCGCCGUGCAUGCGCCCGCCUCGAAAGCGGCCCAGCAUCCGAUCAUCAUGCACUCGGUGAAAUCGACCCAGGUGCAGAAGCCAAUCCUGCAGACGGCCGUCGCACCGGCAGCACCGGCCGGAGGCGUCCCCGGGAGCAGCGGUGGCAGUAGUGGUGGUCACCCGCUGCACAACAAUCCACCGCCGCCCUCGUACGCCGUGUCGGUGCAGGCCAAGCUAAACAAGGCUGCGUCCGGCUACGCAACACCGCCACCCCCCUCGCCGUCGGCCCUCGGGCAUGAGGGUGGUGGGGCGGGUCGGCACGUCGGCGCAGCAGCUAGUGCAGCCGCGGGCGGCCCGGGCAGUGGCGUACCGAAGCAGCCCCUGCGCGCCAAACCAUCCCUGCCCGGGCUGCAAAACGUGCUUCCUUCCAAUGUGCCAGUGCAGACGGUCGGCGGUGGUGGUGGUGUCGGUGGCGGCACAAUGAACGGCCAAUCCUCACCCGCGCAACCACAGGCGCUGUCGGGCAGCAGCAACAAUGGUGUGUCGAGCGGUAGCAGCACCGGCUCCCCGAACGAUCCACCAUCGUACGACACGACCAUGAUACUGCUGCAGAAGCAUUCAUCCCCCAAGAAGGAACCCCCGCCGGCUUAUCUGCUGGACGGGGGUGGCGGUGGUACGCCUCCACCGUUGCCACCCUCCCCACACUGUCCCCCGUCAGCGAUGGAAAUGGAGCAACAGCAGCAGCAUCGAAAUAAUGGCGGCAACAAUCACCACCAGCAGUCAUAUCAACACCAGCAGCUGCAGCAGCACCACCACCACCACCUGAAUCAUCAUAAUCAUCUUCUGCACCAUCAGAACCACAACGGGCACGGCAAUGCCGACGGUGGUGGCAUGGUGAACGGCAACGCGAACGGUGGUGGUGGUAGCGGAAUGAACCAAUCCAGUACCAACGGCAGCAGUAGUCACAACGCGAACGCUAAUACGAUUAACGGCAAUAUGAGUAAUAACGCUAACGCAAAUAACAAUAACAAUACAAUGAAUAGUAUGCAUAACAACAACAAUCAUAAUAAUCACGAUCACGCAAUGAUGCACGGGGGCAGCAGCAUCGUCAGCAAUGGAAAGGUGGUGCCGCCAAGCGGCUUGUCGCGAACGGUCGACGACGAUCGGCACCAUCACCAUCUGCACCCUCAUGCUACCAACGGGUUGAUGCAGCAGCAGCAGCAGCACCCGGCCGAUCCGAAGCCCAAGGCACCGCACAAGUUGUCCGGCAGUGGUGGUGCGGCACAGCACACGUUUACCGGUGCGCUGAAAACGCUCGGCGCGCUAAUGGGAGGUGGCCAGCAGCAACAGUCACAGCAGCAGCAGCAGCAGCAGCUCAACCACCAACACCACCAACAGCAGCAGCAGCAGCAGCAACAACAUGAUGCCAAACAGCGUGGCAUAGCGUCCACUGCGGCAAGCGGUGGUGUGCGUAGCAGCCUCAUGAAAUCGGUCCGCUUCCCGGGCACCGGUGGCAACACAAACAAUAAUGGUCCUGCGCCGGCCUACACGAACGGUGGCGGUGGGAUGGAUCACGGGACACCCAGUGGCAGCAGUACCGCCGAAUCAUCCCCUGCCACAACACCCACCUCGGCGAGUGGUGGUCGAACAAGCUCUGGAGGUGGAGGAGGAGGAGCUGAAGCUGGAAGCAGUGUUGCCAGUGGAGUCGGAAACGCUUCCACCAGUGGUGCCAGCAGCAGCGGCGGCGGCAGUGCUGCCGGUGGAGCUGCAGGUGGUGGUGCUGGAGGAAGUGGUGGCGGUGGUGGUGGGGAGGAUAAUCCGCGCAAGAUCAAGCACCAGUCGCCGAUACCGGAGCGGAAGAACCUGUCCAAGGAGAAGGAGGCGGAGCGGUCCGAGUGUAAGGUGAAGCACUAUUCGCCCCAGGCGUACAAGUUCUUCAUGGAGCAGCACAUCGAGAACGUGCUGAAGUCGUACUCGCAGCGCAACUUCCGCAUCAAGCAGCUGGAGAGCGAAAUGUCCAAGCUCGACCUGCCGGAGGAGACGAAGAUCGAGAUGCGGAAGCUGCUGUGCCAGAAGGAAAGCAACUACAUCCGGCUGAAGCGCGCCAAGAUGGACAAGUCGAUGUUUGCGAAGAUCAAAACGAUCGGCGUCGGGGCGUUCGGGGAGGUGACGCUGGUGAAGAAGAUCGACACCACCAAUCAUCUGUACGCGAUGAAGACGCUGCGCAAGGCGGACGUGCUGAAGCGCAACCAGGUCGCGCACGUGAAGGCGGAGCGGGACAUUCUGGCGGAGGCGGAUAACGAGUGGGUGGUGAAGCUGUACUACAGCUUCCAGGACAAGGACAAUCUCUACUUCGUGAUGGAUUACAUACCGGGUGGAGAUCUCAUGUCGCUGCUGAUCAAGAAAGGAAUCUUCGAGGAGGAUCUAGCCCGUUUCUACAUCGCCGAACUGACCUGCGCGAUUGAUAGCGUCCACAAAAUGGGAUUCAUUCAUCGAGACAUCAAGCCAGACAAUGUGCUGAUCGAUCGAAAGGGACACAUCAAGCUGACGGAUUUCGGUCUGUGCACCGGGUUCCGAUGGACGCACGAUUCGAAGUACUAUCAGAAGAACGACCAUGCCAGGCAAGAUUCGAUGGAAGCGUGGAGCAAGUUUGGUCCCGAUAUACCCCCACCACUAGAAAGGCGAAAGUUCCGUGAGAAAAACCGCGCCAAAGCACACUCGAUCGUCGGCACGCCGAACUAUAUUGCACCGGAGGUGUUGAUGCGUAGCGGCUACACCCAGCUGUGCGAUUGGUGGAGCGUCGGCGUCAUCCUGUACGAGAUGCUAGUCGGACAGCCACCUUUUUUGGCAAAUACGGCAGAGGAAACACAGAUUAAGGUUAUAAACUGGCGGCAAACGUUGCGCAUACCGGUGGACGCGCAUCUGACGCCGGAAGCGAUGGACAUCAUACUGCGGCUGUGCAAGAACGAGGACGAACGGAUCGGGCGAAACGUGGACGAGAUCAAGUCGCACCCGUUCUUCCGCACGAUCGACUUCACCAAGGACCUGCGCAGCCAGCAGGCACUGUACGAGCCGAAGAUCAAGUACCCGACCGACACGUCCAACUUCGACCCGAUCGAUCCGGGCCGGCUGCAGGACUCGUCCUCGUCCUGCGACGAGAACGGCCACGGCAACCUGGACGAGGUGUGCGACAGUGGCAAACCGUUCCACCACGGGUUCUUCGAGUUUACCUUCCGGCGGUUUUUCGACGACGAAUGUGAUCACAAAAUCACGCUCGACUCGAGCGAGGGACAGGCGGAAGCUAUUUAUGUAUAAAAAAGUAAUCAUUACUACUAAUAUUAUUAAUCUAUCUAAUUAUUAUUGCCGAAACACACCUACCUAUAGAGGGGCGCUUCUUAAUCGUAACCUUUUUUUUUAGUAACUCUUCUAAUCCACGCGCAAAGCCUGCGGAGCGCAGUGUGCGCUCGUGCUGCUAUAACGGUUGUGCAGCAGCAGGUGUAAAAGGGAAGUAGAAGUUAGUAUUGUGUGUGGGGGAAACGGAAAGAAUGGCAAUAGAGCGAGAGGUGAUAGCUUAUCGCGUUAGAAAAGGAUUUGAAAAACCAACACACCCACAUGAAAACAGGAAUUUUAGAUAGAAAAAUGAAGGGGUUAAUACAACACAAAGUGCUCUUAGAAACAAAACUAUUAAAAACAAGAUAUACACACACAAGCAAACGGGAAAUUUGAGGCCUUUUUGGGAAGCGUGAGAUGAGGGACAACGAUAUUUGCUAGUAAAUUUACAACCACAAAAAAAAACACGCUAAAAGAUGAUUGUAGGGCAAGGGAAUGAGGAGAGAGGUUAGGGUGAUAACGCAUCAGUGCCGCUUCAGCUAUAUAUAUAUAUACAGGUUUUUCGUUUUGUCGAUGAAUUAAUAUAACUAUUAUUAUUUUAUUACUUUUAUACGCGAAUUGUUGUACAGUGCAAAUAUGUGUGAUUCUGGAUUUACAGAGUAUUUAGAAAGUAAGAUUGGGGGGACGAGUGGAAGAAUUAAGGAGAGAAACACACACACAAACACACACCCACACGCAGCAAAUGUGUGGUAGAAGAUAUAUACAAACAAAACACUAGCAAAACCCGUAUUCUGAAGCAUAAUAAUACUCUCAGUAGAAUCGAAAGCGUCAAAUACGUUCAGACAAUCGAAUGUAAAGGUAAAGAUAGAGAAACGAACUAAAAAUGAGGUAAAACAAAACAAAAAAAAGCAAUGAAAUAGUAACAAAAGAGAUGAGAAAUGGAAACACAUCAAAUGCAAAGGUGAACAGGGCAGUGAAUGGUGAGGGGGAAACACACAGUUACGGCAAGGAGGUAACAACAAAGGAAACAUUUUACAUACAACAGUAGCAGAAACAAACUAUUUUAAAAGCAGGACGUGUUACAAGACGAAACAAAAGCAGAAGCAAACUCAAUGGAAAACAGAACUAAAGUGAAAGAAAAAGGAAGAAAUAUGCAUGUUAUGUUGGUUUUUUGUUGUUGUUGAUAUAUUAACUACCAUGGAAAAAACGGAAUAGGAAAAUGGAACCUUAUUUUCACAUCGGAAAACGAAAUCGAAAAAAAACAAAAACAGAACAUAGGAAUAUACACAUGCAAGAUAGCAAGAUAUCCUGGCACGCGGGAGAAUAGGAUUGGGGCCUUAACAAGACGGUUUUAUCCGGUACGCGAUAGCGAAAGAGCGACGAGCCACGCACGAGAUAGAUGGUACCUUUUUCUCAUCACAAAUAAAGAACGGAAUAAAACAAAAAAAGCCAAAACGAA